AGUUGCUAAGUCCACGUAUCAAAAUUUCAGGAAUCAUUUUCUUCUCCUUGAAGCAGCUCGAGAUAUCACAGAGCGGGAUCCGAGCUUCCAUAUCUUGAUCUCUCGGCGAUCAUCGAACCAUGGAAACCAUCAAAAAGUCUGAAGAUGUCGCUAACGUCGAUGUAUACACUGCCAAAGGCCUCCUAACCGUCAGCCACCGGUACUUAGAUGUGAGGACGGAGGAGGAGUUCAAGAAGAGCCACGUUGAGAAUGCAGUGAACGUGCCUUACAUGUUCUCCACCCCAGAUGGAAGAGUUAAAAAUCCUGAUUUUCUCACUCAAGUGGCUGCAGUCUGCAACAAAGAAGAUCACCUGGUCGUGGGUUGCAACAGCGGGGGCAGAUCGCUCCGUGCCUGCGUCGACCUUCUCAAUGCGGGGUAUAAGAAUGUGAACAACAUGGAAGGAGGAUACUCUGCUUGGGUUGACAAAGGAUUUGCAGGGGAUAAACCAGCAGAGGAGCUCAAAACUGCUUGCAAAUUCCGCCCUUAGAAAGGAACAUCAUCGUCUCAGGAAGGCCAGCAAUUGGUGUUUGCGUGUCAUAAUCAUGUUUGUAAUCCGUGCUCCUUGGAGUCAGCCUAAAAGCACAUCGAUCCUUGUUCUACUUGCUAAAUAGUUGGGUUAUGAUACAAAUGUGUUAAUUCAUGUCAAAACAUGAAAUCAGGCAUGUCGUGUCGUGUCGUGUUUUCGUUUUUCUUUCUUGUAACUUGUGUUUUUCGCUCUCUGUCUCGAUGUGAUGUGAAUAAGCUUAUCACUAAUACAUUGUGCAAACAUAUUGCACUGCUCA